ACGAUAACGAUAAUGAUAAUGAUAAUUAUAAUAAUGAAUAAAUACAUUUCGAGUGUUAGCCCUUCUUCAGAAGAUAUUAGGACUCUCGUUUAAGUGCCUCCCUGCAGAUAUGUACGAUUCCUGUCUAAUUUAAGUUUUGUUAAAAGAUGCCAUAUAUUUCAAUGUUUAAAAAUUUUAACGAUUUGUUUCUUGUAGCUGCCCCAAGCAGCCCACGAGACGUCAGUGGAGAGGCAACUUGUGAUAGCGUAAUUUUAAGUUGGAGCCAUCCGAAGAACGACGGGGGAUUCCCCGUGAUAAACUACGUCAUCAGCUAUGAAAACAACACACUGGUCAUCCCCUCGAACACGACUGAUUACAUCAUUGACAACUUAGAGCACAGCACGGAAUACUCGAUCGUUAUACAGGCGCGAACCGAAGCUGCGAUCGGCGACGAGGCGCUUGUGGAACUUAAAACCACUCAGUUUUGUAAAGUGUCAUCUUGCGUGAACAUUGAACACGAUGAAGAAAUGUACACAUUGAAUGCGAGCCAGGGUCGCUGGCCGCGCGAUGGAUUUUGCCGCGCUCUGAGUGCCUACACUGCAACCGAGCCUGACAUGUACAGGAUAACCGCUGACUUCUAUGUUCCUGGGUUCAAGAGCUCAAUGUUGGUAAACUACGUCGGGGUAUUUUUCAACGCUGAAAAUGAGGACAAUUUCGAUUUGAUAUUCUUCAGGGUUGGCGCAAGCGGCAACCCGUGUUUCCAAACUGGGGAAAUCCAGCAAGGCCGGUUAAACUGGUACGAGUCCCAGAUGGGCUCCUGUCCACACGGCCCACCUCGCAGGGCACGAUGGAUCCAUGCUACGCUUGAGGUCCGAAAAUAUGACGUCUCCGUUUUUCUCGGGGGAGUUCACGUGACCUCCUUUAAAGGGCACUUCCCUCCCAAGGCAGCUGGCGGCGUGUUACUGGCUAAUCACCAUGGCAACGUUGUUCAAUUUAAGGACUUUGUCAUCGCUGACUUGCCGUCGCUGCCAUUUGAAACUAAGAGUUGCGCCACAGUGCAGGAUAACAUGAAGUACUAUUCUGUUAUAAGUCAAGGUGACUUCUGGGCGCACGGAUUCUGCCGCGCUCUUCUUAAAGAUGUUCAAAUGGAGGAGAGUUCUAGUUACCAGGUUUCCGUGGAUUUGUUCAGCGAGUUGGGCUGGAGCGGAGACCGCAUUGCGUACGUUGGAAUCAUGUUCAAUGCACGUGAUAUCAACAAUGCUGAUUUUAUUUACUUCAGGCCAUACUGGAAGGACCAUUGUUACCAAACAGGCUACAUAAUGGGUGGGAUCCAGAAGAGAGAAGGCUCCAAAACCGGGCCCUGCUCGUGUACCGUGACCGGGGGCAAAUGGUUCAACGUGCGCCUGGAGAUUCGCAGGAACAUCGUCAGCGUCUUUAUGAACGAUCUUCCAGCGGCGACAUUCAAAUCACAUUACCCCACGAACAACAAGGGCAGCGGCAUCCUUGUUACCGGCGGCUGCCGGAAGUCGAUCCGAUUCAGGGCUUUUUCAGUGUCGUCACUUCCGCUGCUUCCCUUCACUUCCAAGAAUUGUCAGAGCGUAAGAGAUGCUGGGGAAUAUUACAAGCUAAUGGCGUACCCUGGGAUAGAGGACACCACACAGCCUGGAGUGUGCCGUGCAUUGUACCCUAAGGCUGUCAGUGGCGAUACCUACACCAUCAGUGUCAGUUUCUAUACCCAGGGGAGUCUCCUUGGAGGGAAAUAUGGCGUCAUGUUUAACGUAAAGAACGCUGACAGCUUCGAGUUUGUAUACUUUCGGCCCUACAAUCGCGACAAUUGUGUACAGAUCGGAUACCUACAAGGAACCAAAGUGAGCGAAGGUCAAGGACGGGAGCCCAAAUCUCUGACAUGCGCAUACGGGUUCAUGAGGGGCGGAAGUUGGUACAACGUUCGAGUCAAAGUGAGCGGAAGCGAGGUCAAGGUUCUUAUCGAUGGCGUACAAGCUGCUGUUUUCAAGAGUCGCUUUCCAACGUUUGGUCGCGGAGGAAUCAUGGUGGCCAGUGGUUUCAAGAGGAAAAUAAGUUUCAAAGACUUCCGUAUAUUUUAAUAUUCACGCUAGAAUGACAUUAUACCAAGUAUCGUUAGAUAUCGUCAACAGCGGUUUAUAAAAUGGUCAAGGAAUUGUGCGCGCUGCGAUUGGUUAGUUUGAGCUCAUUAUAACCCCAUGAAGGAUGAGGUCAUGGACGUGCGUUAUUGAGUUAUGAUGCACGCAGUUUACGUCACGAGGUCAAACACGCAAUUUAUUGACUGACUUUAUAAAGAAAACAUUAAACUUGUUCUUUUAGGAUGCUUAGUUAUAUAAGCACCAGGAGUUCAAGAACAAUGCGCCUUUUACCCCCGGGGGCUUCCCCAUAAAAAGGACGGGCGUGCUCGUCGGACAUUUUGAAAAGAAUCCCUGAGAAAUCCCAAGAUUCUGUUUCAUGGGUGUGGCUUAAAAUGUUUUCUGCCUUAAGAGGUACCAAUUGCUGGUUUUCAGUGUCACGCAAUUCAAAAUAGAUCAAAAUAAAAAUCAAAACCGGUCAAUAGAUAAAGUCCAGAGUCUGGGAAA